AUGUCCAAGACCAACACAACAAGAUCCGUCAACAAAACAGCACACCCUUUCAAUAGGGCCAGUCUAGAAGCCCUUCUUAACCGUCGUUUCUUCUAUGCACCAGCUUUUGAGAUUUAUGGAGGCAUCGCUGGGCUGUAUGACUAUGGCCCGCCCGGAUCGAGUCUUCAGGCAAACAUUAUCGCUGAAUGGCGGCGGCAUUUUAUCAUCCAGGAACAUAUGCUUGAACUUGAUACUACGAUCUUGACCCCUUCGCCUGUCUUCGAGACUUCAGGACACGUAGCUCGUUUUGCUGAUUGGAUGGUGAAGGACACCAAGAUAGGAGAAGUUUUGCGGGCCGAUCAUCUUGUUGAAGGUGUCCUCGAGGCCAGACUGAAGGGUGAUAAGGAAGCGCGUGGAGCGUUGCAAGAGGCUUCCGCCGUGAAUGACAAGGACAAGAAAAAGAAGAAAACGGUCAAGAGUACGGCGGUUAAGCUUGAUGAUGCUGUCAUUGCCGAAUACGAGAACGUGCUGGCACAGAUCGAUAACUAUACUGGCCCUGAGUUGGGACAGCUAUUACGAAAAUACAAUAUCACCAACCCCACCACUGGUAAUGAAGUUGACGAACCUGUCCAGUUCAACCUCAUGUUCGAUUCCUCGAUCGGUCCUACCGGGAAACAAAAAGGAUACCUUCGUCCUGAAACCGCGCAGGGCCACUUCCUCAACUUCUCCCGGCUUCUCGACUUCAAUAACAAUAAACUCCCCUUUGCCUCAGCCCAAAUUGGGCGGUCGUUCCGUAAUGAAAUUUCCCCCCGAGCGGGCCUCAUUCGAGUCCGGGAGUUCACGAUGGCCGAGAUUGAACAUUAUGUUGAUCCGCUUGACAAGUCACACGAGCGGUUCGAUGAGGCAAAGGAUAUAAAGUUGAGGUUCCUACCUAGAGAUGUCCAAAGUCGGGGUAAGACGGACCUUAUAGAGAUGAGUGUCGGUGAAGCAGUCGAGAAGAAGAUCGUGGACAAUCAAACGUUAGGGUAUUUCCUUGCAAGGGUGUACCUCUAUCUUUCGAGGAUUGGGAUUGACCCCGCCAGACUUCGGUUCAGACAACAUAUGGAGAACGAGAUGGCCCAUUAUGCAAGUGACUGUUGGGAUGCAGAGAUUUUCACGAGUUAUGGGUGGAUCGAAUGUGUUGGGUGUGCAGAUCGAUCGGCGUAUGACCUGACGGUGCAUGCGAAGAAGACUGGCGCACCGCUUGUGGCCCGUGUAGCACUGCCGGAACCUGUCAUUACGGAGAGGGAAGUUGCCACAUUCGAUAAGAAGAUUCUUGGUAAGACGUUCCAGAAGGACGGGGAAGCAUUGCGAGUCCACGUCACUGAGCUGCCGAACGAUGAACUGGAGAUCAUUAAGGAUGCUUUGAAGACGAAUGGCUCAUACCCUGUGACUCUUCCCGAUGGACGUCAGUUCAGUCUCACGUCAGAGCUUGUCACCAUUGAGCGGAGGCAGCUCAAACAGUCAAUUCGCGAGUUCACUCCGAAUGUUAUCGAACCCUCUUUCGGCAUUGGUCGCAUCCUAUACGCCUUGCUAGAGCACAGUUAUUGGGCUCGCGAACAAGACAUUCAGCGAGGCGUACUUUCUCUUCCCGCUGUGGUGGCGCCAACAAAAGUACUGGUCGUUCCACUCAGUGCGAACGAGAAGCUCGCCCCGGCCGUGGCGGAGAUAUCGAGCAAGCUGCGGAAAGCUGGAGUCUUCUCGCGCGUUGAUGACUCUACUGCUUCCAUUGGAAAGCGAUAUUCGCGCAAUGACGAGUUGGGAACGCCAUAUGGUAUCACGAUCGAUUUUGCCACUGUCUCGAAUGGGACUGUCACCCUUCGCGAACGUGACACCACCGACCAGCUUAUUGGGAAGAUUGACGAAGUUACUGCGGUUGUGACAGAGCUGGUGGAGGGAUCGCUUGAUUGGGAGGGUGCGUGCCAACGACUUCCUGCGUAUGAUGGCGUGCAGGCUAUCGAUUGA